AGCCAAAUGAGCGAGCAACGCAGUACAGGCUGUGAGUGGACGGCGAGAGAAACAAAGCUGUUGCUCGAGUACUACCAGCAGUAUUUUUCCCAAAUAGGGCCGAUGAAGAAAUUUAAAAAUAAAAAGGCAAUGUUUGCCAAAAUAGCGGCCGACAUUACAGAGGCUGUCGGGGUCCCUAAAACAGGUGACCAGUGCUGCAGCCGCUACAAAACAGUCAUGCGACGAAAAAGAAGCGCUGCAGCACAUAACAACAAAUCGGGGAAUUCUCCUUGCGACGUUCCUUUUGAAGAUGACAUAGCCAAAAUACGCUGGCUAGAUGACAGCCUUCAGCCAGAAGAGCUCAGGGACAGCUCUGGAAUAGUCUCUAUUAAAAGACCGCCCAGACAAGCGUCGACGAGCCAAUCGUCGACAAGCCAAGCAUCGGGGAGCCAGGAGCUGACAAGCCAAGGUUCAACUAGCCAGGAGUUUACCAGCACAACGAAGGAGCCUGAGCCCAAAAAGCCGAAACCCUAGGCUUCUAGAUUACUGGAAAUGAAUCACUUCUUUGAUGAAAUGAGGAAAAUUCAGGAAAAAAAAGAAAAAAAACGAACUGAACGCGAGAAUGAAAGAAGGAAGCGUCAUGAAGAGAGGCAAGAGCAUAAGGAGCGCAUUCGGCAAGAAAAAGCAAAACAGCACGAAGAAAAAA